GAGCUCACUGCCGACAAUUUAUUCUCCAACAUGAGACACUGAUAAAAUACCUCGGACUUUAAAACCAUUUCAGACUUCUGAGUGAUAUUUAAAUAAUUAAUAAAAUAUAAGUAAUUGCCGUGUACAGACUUGUUUAUCAUCAUCACCAACUAGAGAACAAUGUCGAGACGGAAUCAACCGGACGACUACAGAAAAGGGUCAAAUUCCUACAGAGGAGAUCGUGGUGGUUCGGAUGACAGCAGUGAUGACGACGAAAGAAAUUAUAGAAGAAACAGAGACAGAUCACCGCUGAGACGACGGCCUUCUGAUGAAAGACAACAACGGGCUGAACGUGAAACCACGAGUUCCUUUGGCUCCUCACGUGAAAACACUCAGAAGCAAAAGUUAGCAUUUGGUUUUAGCAAAAAACCUAGUGUUGAUACCAAGAAAGGAGGAAUUCAAAUAAAACUGGGUCUUGCAACGAAACCAACAGCUAAACCAAUAUCUCCAACAAAAACAACCGUCGCUUCAGUAUUUAAUGCCGAUGAUGACGAAGAACCAGAAGAAAUGCCUGCGGAAGCACGAAUGAGGAUGCGAAAUAUUGGACGAGAAACACCAACAUCCGCUGGUCCAAAUUCAUUCGGAAAAACCAAGCAAGGCUUUUGUGAUUCAAAAAAAAUAUUUGAGAAAACUCUCAAGAAAGCUAUGGACGAAGCUAAUAAUAAAUGAUUAUUAUAUUUUAUCAAUUAAAAUCAACUGUCACUUUCUGUAAAUUCAUUAAUUAUUAUUACUAAAAUUAACUGGUUAAAAAAAAUCCUAAAACUUAGAGUACACUAGGGAAAAUUGGAUUGUAAGCUUAUUUAUAUUUGUUAUUAUUAUUAUUGUUAAUGAAACAUCCAUUACGUAUUUACUACAAUGAAUUACACAUCGACAGUUACCUAUUUUCUAUCAACAUCGACUACUUCUAUGUAAUUAAUGUUCUCUAAUGCUCAUAUUUUUUUCCCAAUGAGCGACUUUAAUGUUAAAAUAAACUAAUCAUUGUCUUGUUGACUUUUGCAAAUCACAACCUGUUUCAAGUUGUAAUUAUAUUUGUAUUUAUAAAUCUUGAUUGUAUUCUAUGUAGACAACAUUUUUCAAUUAAAAAUAUUCAGUUAAUUAUA